AUGGGAAUUCUCUCUUGGUUCAGCGGAGGGAGCAACAACACAUCUAAAAAGGAGCAACCCGCUCCAGCCUCAAAACCCGGGCCGAAGCCCGAACCCGCGGAGGCCCCCGGCAUGAACGGCGCGGUGGAGGUCCCCCGACCCGGCGCCGAUAUCUCGGUUUUCGAGUUCGGUUCGGUGGCCGCCUCCGCCGAUAAGGUGACGCUGGCCGGCUACUGCCCCGUCUCCGACGAGCUCGAGCCCUGCCGCUGGGAGAUUCUGCCGGCGAGUGGUUCCGACGCGCCGCAGUUCCGGGUGGUGUUUUGA